CCCGAGGACAGCAAAUACAUAGAUCAAGGCUCUCUCUUGCAAAGGGAUCAUGCCUUCAAAGUCAACCUUACCAGCGAAACGCAAGGCGCCACCAGGCCCAUCUACUCCAUCAUCAAAAAAAGCCGCCGGAUCACAACAGCGUGCUCUCGACUUCUUCUUCAAGCCCAAGGCUGCUCCUUCGCCAGUUGAUCCGCCGAAAUCUGAUGGUCUUUUUCAUGCGGAAGAUGAAACACCCGAAGAGCGUAAGCUGCGCGAGCAAAUGGAGGCCGACGAGGCCUUCGCGCGGAGUCUGAGUUUACAAUAUGCGGCGGGAAACCCGGAGACUGAGGAUCCGGAUCGGAUCGAGAGGUUGAAGCAGGAGUUCGAUGAUGAGAUGCUUGCACGAAAGCUGGCGGCGCAAGCUCAGGAAGACGGACGGCCCAAGGCUGAGCUGGAGGAGGAGGAAGCCGUAAAGGCGAUGGAAGAUGCUGCGCCGGCCGUUCGGCCAGGCCAAAGUCGAUUGAUCUUGGAGGAUGAAGAUGAGGAUGAGGAGGAGGAGGAGAUGAUUAUCGGACAAGAGCACCAGGCAAAGGUUGCGACAUCUACAUCAUUACCAACCCCCGCCAAACAGGAGGUAAAGGCAGCACUACUACCGCCAAGGCCUUCAUCCGCAAUGACCCUCGACUCAUCAACAAACAACUCCUCAGAAAUACCACUGCACUUACCAGCAACAGAAUUCGAUCCUCAUAGCUACAUUCCCGACUGGCCGAACGGAAAAGGAACAUAUGCAUUCUUGACACAGGCCUUCGUUCUGAUCAAUGAGACGCGGAGUCGGCUGCUGAUUGUUGAUUUGUUGGUGAAUAUGUUGCGGAUGCUCAUUGUACAUGAUGUAGAGUCUUUGGUGCCUGCUGUGUGGCUAUGCACAAACUCCCUUGCACCGCCCUACGUUCCCGGCGUCGAGCUGAACAUCGGUCCUGCGAUCAUUGGAAAGGCAAUACGAAAUGUAUCUGGGAUAAGUCCAGCUGCGCUGAAAGCAUUGAACAAUAAGCACGGCGAUGUUGGUGAUGUUGCAUUCGAGGCGAAGGCACAAGUACGGACAUUGGUUAAGCCAGCGCCUUUGACUGCCAAGGGGACUUACUCAAUAUUACGGCAAAUCGCCGCAAGUUCAGGCAAGAACACCCAAGAGCUCAAAACCAAACUCGUUGAGAAACUCCUCAUCUCGGCAAAAGAUGAGGAAGUCCGGUAUAUCGGUCGAACACUCGUUUCGCACCUCCGUAUCGGUGCCGUGAAGACCACGAUGCUCAUUGCGCUUUCACGGGCCUUCACGCUGAAUAAACCUCCAGGAGCGACAUGGGUGGCUAGAGAUGAAGUAAGAAAAAUAAGUAAGGAGGAGCGAGGAGAGAUCUUCAAAAGGGCCGAGGAGGCCGUAAAGCAGGUGUUUGCGCAGCGGCCGAGUUAUGAUGACUUGGUAGCAGGGUUGAUUCAGCGUGGCGUGGAGGGAUUGUCGGAGAGAUGUCCCUUGACGAUUGGUAUUCCUCUCAAGCCCAUGUUAGGUCUGAUCACCCGCGAUCUCGGCGACAUGUUUACCAAGCUCUCCAACCGAGAAUUCACCUGCGAAUACAAAUACGACGGUCAACGAGCCCAGAUUCACUACGAUGCCUCCGCACCACACUCAGAGCGCGUCUCGAUCUUCUCCCGACAUCUUGAAGUCAUGACCGACAAGUACCCGGAUCUUGUGGAACUCAUAGAGGAAAUCAAGGGUGAGCACAGGAGUUUCAUCAUGGAGGGUGAGGUUGUUGCUGUUGAUAAGGAAACGGGGACGGUACAGCCAUUUCAGACGUUGAGUAAUCGGGCGAAGGUAAAUGUUGCUAUUGGGGAUGUGAAGGUUGCAGUUUGCUUUUACUUGUUUGAUUUGAUGUUGUUGAAUGGGGAACCGCUGCUUGAGAAGACUCUCCGACAACGAAGAGAAGCUAUGGCGACCUUCAAGGAGAUCCCCAACCGGUUCACCCCUGUGAAGAGUAUCAUCAGCUCGGACCAGGAUGAGGUACAUGCAUUUUACCAGUCCGCAAUUGCGGCGAAGGCUGAAGGAAUCAUGGUCAAGGUGCUGGAUAACCCAGAACUUGUUGUUCAAUCAGAGGAUCCCUCAACAGGCUUGCUGGUAAAGGCACGCGCGAAACCGCUGCUGGCUACUUACACCCCCGACAAACGUCUUGAGUCCUGGCUCAAAGUGAAGAAAGACUACGAAGCAGGCGCCGACUCCCUUGAUUUGAUCCCGAUCGGCGCCUGGCACGGCAUCGGACGAAAGAAGGAUUGGUGGUCGCCCAUCUUGUUGGCUGUUCGCAACCCAGAAACGGGAACGUUAGAGGCUGUGUGUAAGUGUAUGAGUGGAUUCACGGAUAAAUUCUAUAAGGAGUUGAAUGAGAAGUAUGACCGGACGAAUAGUGGAGCGGAAGAGGAUGCGGAUCCGGAUGAGCAGAAGGAAGGGAAGUGUUGGAAGGGACUGGGAAGGAGUUGGGUGGAGAGUGCAUAUACUCCUGAUUAUUGGUUCGAGCCAUCCGAAGUGUGGGAAAUUCGAGGAGCUGAUAUCACACUCUCGCCGGUCUAUCGAGCAGGCAUCGGUUUGAUCUCUGAGGAGCGAGGAUUGAGCAUCCGCUUUCCGCGAUUCAUGCGGAUAAGGGAUGACAAAACCAUCGACGAAGCAAGUACGGGUGAGGAUAUCGCGUAUAUGUAUCGCAAACAAGAGGAGGGUCGAGACAAGGCACCAGUGGAGGAAGACGUGGAAGAUUGAGCAGUUGAAGAGAUACUGCGUCAGCGUUCAUGAUGCUCAUAAUCAUUGCAAUUCAGUAGCACAAGACCCGCUCUAUUAUUAAUUGACUAAUUCACUAAGUUAAAGGAGUAAAAAC